AUGUCGACAACCACAGCGACCGCAACAGCCUCCGCGUCAACGUCCGGCAUCGAACUGACGCCUAUCCCACCCCAAAUCAACCAAAAAUCACCCGGUGCAAGUGUCUCUCAAACGGACGAUGAUAGCAGCAAUGAUCCGGUUCUUCAAGCCUCGCGUCUUGCGGAUUCCUCUGUGCCGGAAGGCGGCUACGGCUGGGUCGUGGUGACGGGCUGCUUCGUCAUUGCGUGGUGGAUCAUUGGUACAUCGUAUUCCUGGGGUGUCAUCCAAAGCGCUCUCGUCGACGAUGGCCUCGCCACGCCCGCCGUGCUCUCUUUCGUCGGGUCGUUGGCAGCAGCCCUUAUCUCGGCAAUGGCCAUCAUCAACUCGCGCGUCAUGCGUCGCUUCGGCCCUCGAAGGGUGGGUUUGCUGGGAAUCGCACUGAUUGGGCUGAGUGAGAUUCUCAGCAGCUUUGCUGUCAAGAACGUCGGGGCGCUCUUUGCUACCAGUGGCUUUAUGAUGGGAUUAGGUAUGAGCCGAAAGCGUGGCCUGGCAAAUGGCAUCGUCUUCGCCGGUGGCGGCCUCGGCGGUGCUGUGAACAGCUUCGCCUUGGAUGCACUCCUCAAUCACCUCGGUCCGGCCUGGGCAUACCGUGUUCUUGCUCUCGUCACCUUGGCUACCGGUCUUCCAGCUGCAUGGAUCAUCAAGGAGCGGGUUCCAAUCAGGAGCUCCGGAUUCGUUGAGUGGCGCCUCUUCAAGUCCUUCACCUUUCUGGUCAUCUUCCUUGCCGGAGCUGUGGGCACAUUCCCUCUCUUCGUGCCACCAUUCUUUCUGCCACUCUACUCGAAAUCCAUCGGCCUCUCAUCCUCAACAGGAGCAGGCCUCGUUGCAGGCUUCAACUUCUCCUCGGCCAUAGGCCGCAUCUGUUGUGGCGUUCUUUGCGACCACUUCGGCGCCCUUAACGUGUUGUUUGCCUCACUGUUCUUGUCGGCCGUUAGCGUCCUCGCCAUCUGGCCGGUUUCAACGACAUUGGCGCCCAUGAUUUUGUUCGUCAUUGUCAACGGCAUCUCCAACGGUGGCUUCUUCUCGACCAUGCCCACCGUCGUUGGUAAUGUGUUCGGAUCCGCCCGAGUAUCGGUCGCGAUGAGCAUGAUCGUGACCGGUUGGGCCGGCGGUUAUCUCAUGGGUGCGCCCAUUGCUGGUUAUCUACUCGAGGCGUAUGGAGGUGAGGACAAUGGACUACAAGCCUACCGUCCUGCCAUGUUCUAUGCCGGAUCAUUAUCGCUUGCAUCGGCCGGGCUGAUUGCCAUGGUGCGCUUCCGGAUGAACAGAAAGAUCUUGGCCAAGUUGUAA